CCCUAUCAACUAGCCAGGGGCGUCCAGUCAGAAGACCCCGACUCCGUGCCGUUAUCUUCCUCACGAAGUGCACUAGCUCCUAUUUGUAAGCCCCCACUUCCGAUUGUCAAGUCGAUUACCAACUGGUUACGCCAGGCUCGACUACAGGUUUCUGAAUCUGGGGAACCACUUGACCAGGCACUCUCUAACCAAGUCCCAGGCAGUGCGUUGUCCGUAUCUUCAACCAUCACCUCUGUCGAAAUCUAUUCUUCUUGGCUCAAAAUCGACUGGGAGGCAGAGCUCUUGCGUCAUUGCUCUUUUUGUUCAACUCCUUGCUUGGAUGGAGAUCAGGCGAUGCUAUUAGCGUAUCAGGUUGCUAGUUGUUGGCCUAAUCCGAUUGGCUUAGCAUGGUGGACGUGCCUCGAACCAACUCAGUGGCCUGAUAAAUCGCCUGAGUAG